UUUAUUUUUGUAAUAUAAAUUGUCAAGAGAAGCAUUGCUAAGUACCCACUUCUCUUUCUUGGACUCUGUUUCCAAUUUUGAUCUCAACUUGCUUGCUUGCUUACUUGUUUUCCUGGUCUGAUAUUUUAAAAUUAAGAGAAAUGAAGAAAGUUGUGGUGAAGCCAGACUUACAUGAUGGCAGAGCCAAGCAAAAGGCCUUGAAAGCAGUCUCUACCCUUUCAGGAAUCGAUUCCAUCGCCAUGGACAUGGAGAAGCAGUUAUUGACAGUGAUCGGAGAUGUGGAUCCUAUAGACGUCGUGGGCAAAUUGCGGAAGCUUUCUCACACGGAUAUAGUCUCUGUUGGACCAGCGAAAGAGACUGAGAAGAAGGAAGAACCCAAGAAAACAGAAGAGAAGGUCAUCGAAUGGGCUAAGGCAAAUGAGGCUUAUUAUAACCCCUAUAGGACACACUACUAUGCCCAGCCUAUUUAUAGUGCAGAAGAGAACCCCAACGCUUGUGUUAUCUGUUAGUUGGGAAUAUUGUUUGGUGAGAAGAAAACUGAUCGAAACUUCAUCCAUUAUUGAGUACAGUUUUGUUCCUGGGGUGGUGGGUUGGUUGAUUUCUCUUCACUUGUUGAUUUACUGGAUUUAUGGAGCUCACUUACGGAAGAGAUAGUGAUCUCUAAUAAAUGAGGCUUAUUUUUUUUUUU